UCAAAACGAUUAGGUCGUUUAAAAUGAGUUUUGUUAAUAAAGUUGUUUUAAUAACCGGUGCUGGUUCAGGAAUCGGUGCUGCUACCGCGAUAGCGUUCGCAAAACAAUCAGCAAAAUUAUCCCUUGUUGAUAUCAUUGAAGAAGAAUUAAAUAAUACUAUCGAAGUGUGUAAAAAUGGAAGUGAAGUAUUAAAAAUUGUUGCUGACCUUACACGAGAUUAUGAAGUGAAACGAAUCGUUAGUGAUACUAUUAAAAAAUUUGGUAAAAUAGAUGUAUUAGUUAAUUGUGCUGGUAUAUACUUUCCAGCUGGUAUAUUAGAUGAUAAAUUAAUAGAUAAAUUUGAUAAAAUAAUUGCAGUUAAUUUAAGAUCUGUGGUAGCUUUAACUAAUAAUGCUGUACCAGCGUUAAUCGAAUCUAAAGGUUGUGUUAUUAAUGUUUGUAGUAUUCUAGCGAAGUUUACGACUAAACAAAACCUAGCUUAUAGUAUAUCUAAGGCAGCUGUAUUACAUUUCACGAAAUGUGCUGCUUUAGAAUUAGCUGAGAAAGGUGUUAGAGUGAAUUCAGUUUCACCAGGAGUGUUGAAGACGAAACUACAAAUUCGUGCAGGAAUAUCUGAAAGUCAGGUUAACGCUGGAUUGGAUUUCGUUGCGAAUAGUACACCUUUGAAGAAAUUGAUUGAACCCCAAGAAGUAGCAGAUGUGAUACUAUUCUUAUCAAGUGAUAAUGCAAGAAGUAUAACAGGAUCGGAUUAUGAAGUCGAUGGAGGAUUGUUACUUAGUGGGUUACCGAGCAAUAAUUAAAAAAAUACAGUAAACAAAAUCAUACUAUAGUUGUCUCUGUUAAGAGAACGAAAGAGACGAUAUGACGAUUAUGAUAGAAAACUGUAAUUGCUAAUUUUUCUUUGUAUACUUUACUAGCUAUCACCCGCGACUCUGUCCGCGUGGAAUUAAAAAAAAAACAAAAGC